GCAGCAAAAGAGAGGCCACAACUUGUUGCUAUCACAAGCGAAGAGGAUAACUUUCCCCGUCCUCGCCGCCGGCGCCGAUGGCUGCGACACCCGCUGCCGCUGCCGCCAUUGUCCUCCACCGCGUGCUCUUCGCACGCUUCGCGACCGCCGUCCCCCUCCACCGCGCGCCGGCGCCGCGCGGUCCCGCCUCCAUCUCCGUGGCGCCGCCGAGGAGACGGCGGUGGCGUGGCCCGCUCCGGUCGCUGCCUCCCGAAGGAGCUCCAGCCGAGCUGAUGGAAGAGGACUCCAAGUUCGUGCCGUUGAACGCGGAUGAUCCGAUGUACGGCCCACCGGCGCUAUUGCUUAUCGGAUUUGAGAAAGGCGAAACUGACAAGAUUAAGGCCUUCCUGAAAGAGCUUGAAGGUGAAUUCCUCAAGGUUAUUCAUUGUACCGAGGAGAUGACAAAGCAAACCUUGUGGGAUGCCAUGCACACUGAGCAGCCUAAUUUAGAAGCUGUGAAGAUUGCAGACUCACUGCCAAGGAUAUGCAUAUUUUCUGGUCUGACUGGUGAGGAGAUGAUGAUGUUCAUCAACGCCUUCCCAGAAACUGGGUUGGAACCAGCUGCUUUUGCUGCACUUGUUCCUAACAGUGCAGAGAAGGUUCUCGGUGAGGUGAUUGAGGAAAUAAUGGGUGACCACGAGAUGCUGACAGGAAAGAACACUGGAUGAAGAGAAUCUGAAGUAGCAAAGGGGCGAAGCGGAAUGACAAUGCCUAUGAAGAACAUUCAGGAACACUGGAGAAACCAUUAAACGAUCUCCAGAAAUCACCAAGUGCUAGGAUUCUAGGAUUGUUAAUGGAGGCCAGUAAAUCUUUUUGGUAAUGCUAGAACUACAGGAAGCUGGGGCAUAGAAAGCGAUAUCGGUUUAGAGCUGUAGAAGUAGAACCAUCAGUUAAACUUUUCUUGAAAUAAAUACCAACCCUGCCAGAAUUUGAGCACCUAGUUUCUGUAUAUUGUACAUAGAAGAAUCUUCAUGACCAAUGGGCAGCUUAUGACAAACCAAUGUAUACGGUUUUGGAGACUUCUCCUGAUGAUGCACCUAGAUUUUUUUUUCAGACGAUUAUUGUAGAUCACGGAACAUACCCUAGCAUCACUAUGCACACAAGAUUAUUUCAGACGGAA